AUGGACAAUAAGAGUGAAGUUACCGUGGCUGAUUUGUAUGACAGACUGGAGACUUAUCUGAGAGAGUUGGAGUCACUGGGAGUGACUUCACAAAAGUAUGCUGACAUGUUGUUUCCCAUGGUGGAAUCAUUGUUAUUGCAGGUGACUAUGAAAAAAUGGGAACUAGUUCGAGCCAUGAAUACAUCAUUUCCAAAAUUGAAAGAAAAUGCUCAAUUUUGUGAAAGCAUGUUUGGCAGUAUCUAUGUAUGUGAACAAGCAUUUUCACUUAUGAAUUUAAACAAAUACAAAACAUGGAACAGAGGAGCAUUUUCUAUUGUCAGAAGAUGUGUCCAGAAAAAUAGUGGAUUAGAAUUUGCAGCAAAAAUAAUUAAUACUAAGAAACUUUCAGCAAGAGAUUUUCAAAAGUUGGAGAGAGAAGCAAGGAUUUGUCGUAAACUGAAUCAUACGAAUAUAGUUCGACUGCAUGACAGUAUACAAGAAGAAGGCUAUCAUUAUUUAAUAUUUGAUUUUUUAUAUGUAAAACAAGGAAUAUAUCUUAAAUUGAGUUUACAAGGACAGGAACUCCUGGAUAGCUUUUGGCUAUUGGAUAGUUUCAUCUCUCUUGUGGUAAGUAGGACAAAUAACAAUAAAAAGUACCAUAAUAGAUCAUUUAGUUAAAAACAAAAAGCAAAUAUUUAAAUAAAAACAUACAAAAUCAAAUGAAAUAAAUUGGAACAAUACAGAUACUUUCAUUUUGUUCUUAAAAUUUUUUUUAAGAGAAAAAUAACAAUACAUUGAAAAUUAUAAGUUUAAAAAUUGAAAACAAUUAUUAAUCAUGAAAAUUAAAAUAUAUUUAUAAUAUAACAAAAUAAUACAUGAAAUCUGUCAACUAUUGUGCAGUAUUAUAUGGUGAAAGUUGUAAGUUACAUAAAAUAAUUCAGUAUAUAAACAAUUAACUUGUAUUCUUUUAGCAUUAAAUCUGGAAUAAUGAUGUAAUGAAACAGAGCCACACAAUUUUUCUUGCAUGUGUAUGCACAAUUUUAU